UAUAUUCACCUUGGCCUUUUGCUUUGUUUACGCAAAAGAUUUUGUGAAAUUUUGAAUAAAUUGAUAAAUACAUUAGAAAAUGGCAUCAGCAUCUAGUUCCAGUGCUCGUCACCUAUUUGAUGAUUCUAAGAAACGUCUGUGCGCUCGAGUUGGUGUCAAUGUAAACAAUUUAGGCUCUGUAGCCAGGCAAGUGGUUCGAGGCUCCAAAACCAAUGAGAUUAUGCAUCAGACCCUGAAGAACUUUACCCAAGUGGACGUGGUAUCAGAUUACAGCAAUCAAAACCUGCAAAAGAUGACACUCAUCCUACAGCACGUCGGUUAUCAGUACGAUGUGAUGCAAGACAGCGUCAAUCAUUUGGAUUACCUCAAGGAGCAGGUGACGGCCAUGGAAAGAUGAUUGGAAGAGCAAAGGCCU